UUCAUCUUCCGAAUGUUGUUAUCAUGUGGAACUUUUUUGGCUGUAGAUUCCCUGCAUGUAUUCUUGUUGACAUUCUUUCUUAUUCACUAACCAAUGAGGCCAUUCUCUUUUGCAUUGUGGUUGUUAUGCUAGCUAUGUUGACAGGAAUGGUGUCAAUGGAUGAGGCUAUGUCUUUUCUAUUAAAACAUACUUUGGUUGGAGAAAGUGAAGUGCUAUCUAAAGACUACAGUUCAAAUUGGAUGCUGGGAUAUGUUCCUCCUACUUAUAAUAUUUAUUUUUUUCUCUGCACUUUCUUUUCCUUUUUGGGUGUUGUUUUCCAUUUCUCACUUUAUAAAAUGGUGUUCUUACAAGCCUUUGUGAACAUCCAAGCUAUGCAGGGUUGUCAUUCUUCAGUUAUGGAAACCAGUUCUAAUCUUACUAAGAAAUAUGAAGCUGAUUGCUUUUAUCUUCAUUCUUGUUUCUCCGGCAAAGCAACAUCGAGUGAUCUGAGAAAGGUUGUUGAGAUCCUCAGCUACAGGAACUCAGAUGAGCUCAAGCUCAUAGUCCAAUCUUUCCAUGUUCUCUACAACCAAGAUCUCUGUGACCUCACCUCCAGAAAGAGCUGUCUUUUAUCUAAAGUUGCCAAUCUUAGAAUGAACGAUCAUUGCCUCCGGGAUGCCAACAUGAUUAAUCAAGCACUGUUUGGUACGAACUUGGAUGCCAACAUUGUGAUGGAAAUCAUCUGCACUCGAUCAUCCUCCGAGCUUAAAGUCAUUAAGCAAACUUAUUACAAUAAUUAUAACUCCCAUCUUGAGCAACACAUUUCUGUCAAAACAAAUGGUAGUUUCCAAGAGGUUCUUCUCGCAUUCUUAAACUCAGCCAAGCAUGAAAUUGGCAGGACAAACACAAGCAUGGCUAUGUGUGACGCAAAGACGCUCUAUGAAGCCAUUGGUAGCGGCAAAUCUGUAGACAAAACGACCAUCAUCUCUCUCAUUAGCCAGAGAAACACAAACCAACUGAAAAUAAUCCUACAGUCUUACAAGCAACUCUAUGGCCAUGACUUCAUCAAGUUCUUGAAGAUAGACAAGUGUGGAGAAUUCGGGAGGCAUCUUCGAACUGUGAUGCGAUGUGUUCAGUACCCGGAGAAGCAUUUUGCAAAGCAACUCCGGCUGACGAUGAAGGAUGGUGGUGAUGUUGGUGAGGUCUUGAUUCGAACAGUAAUCACUAGAGCAGAUAUUGAUAUCAAAUGCAUCAAGAGAGUGUUUGCAGAAAAGACUGGUUGGUCUUUGGAGAGUCUUAUAAUGAAAGAGUUGUGUUGUAACACUAGAAAUGAUUGUGAUCACAAAGGCUUGGUUGGGGAUGUGCUUAUUGCUCUUUUGUAACAACUGAACACCUUGUUUAUUGUUGGGAGAUUUGCAAAUAAAUAAUCCAUUCAAAAGUUCAUA